GGGCUGUUUUCUAACCACUCCAUCAAUAUUGCAUAUAAAACACCUCUGCAACACUGACCAUUUGGACUUGGAGAAACCACCAAAAAUCCCAUCUUUCAUAAAAACUCUUCCAAGGAGAACCAAUAAUCCCUCCCUCUUCUUAGCCACCAUGUUGCUAGGCAAAAAGCUGAACCCGAUGAUCGGAAAAUUCGCCGGCGUACCGGUUUCCGGCACUGCCAAUGAUGGUUCAACCAGCCCAAGAAGUCCUCUGGACCGGAAGGUUCAAUCAGCAAGAUGCCCAAAAAGUUACGAUCUUGGCGGGGUUGGACUGGCUAUAGUAGCUGCCCUUGAACAAUCCGGUGAAAUUCCGGCCGGUAUGGUGGUGUACAGCCGGAAAUCGAAACGGUCCGUCCCAAUUCCGGUGAACCCAGGUCGGAUUCCGGCGAGGGUCGUCUCUGAACCCAGCAGCCUGGAAGAAGAGUACACCAUAGUCACCUGCCGGCGCGGCGCCGACAACCAGACGUACACCAGAGUCUACUGCGACAACGGCGAGGUCUCCAGUUACAGAAUCCCGGCGAGAAGUCAUCGACCGAGCGUCUUCACCAUUUCUCCGGCGAGAUUUGCAGAUACUCCGGCAUGCCCAAACUCAGAUUUCCUCAAUUCAUGCCAUUUAUGCCACAAAAAGCUCACCGGCAAAGAUAUAUACAUGUACAGGGGAGAAAAGGGUUUUUGCAGCACGGAAUGUAGAUAUCGGCAGAUAGUGAUGGAUGAGCGCAAAGAAAAUUGCAGCUUGGAGAUUUCUGGGUCGCCGUACAAAAAUGAUCAGCUGUUUUCGACCGGAAUUCUGGCCGUCUGAUGAUCGGAAUUGCUCCGGCUACUUUUUUUUAAUUAAUUUUUUUGGGGGAUUAUGUAAUAUUGUUAUAAAUUAAUGUUAUUAUAGAGAUGUAAAUGGGGGUGAUGGGUAUAUAAAGUAUAACUUCGGAAUACUUCUAUACACGCCUGAGAAAUGCGAUGAUAAGGGAUCUUCUUUUCUUUAAAUGUUCUAAUGUAAUGAAAUUUUUGACAUUUUUGUCCACUUUUUCUUGCAUAAUUGCUUCAUUUUCUUCAA